AUGGGUUUACACCUCUCGUCAUCGAGAUCGCGGUUCAUUACCUCCGGUCCAAUGCUUGACGCCCCCGCACCCUCGUCGACAAAGAGGAAGCAAUCCAAAUGCACACAUAUUGGCGUCUUGCCGCGUGUUGGCCUUCGCUCGAGCCAAAGGCCAAGGACGUGGGAAUAUCGAAAAGUCACAAUUGCCGCUCCCUCUCCAGAAUUCAAUCGAGCGGUCGACAUAGUUGACCACCCUGGACAAGCUAGGCCAACACUGCCCACUGUCUCACUUCAGACGACAUCAGAGGACAACAAAACAAUGUGGACGUUGGAGUGGUCGAUCAUGCUCGAAUCCAAAUCCGGUGGUUCUCUGGCAUACGCUGGCGUUUGGCAUUGUCCGCUUGAAGAAUUACAAGUCUCUACAUAUAGAGCCGCUUCUGCGCUUCUUGACACUCUCCUGAAGACGCUAGCGGACUCUUUGACGCUGGGCUGGGACCGCAAGCUCUCAAUAUCUGCCUACGCUGGGUGGCGCUUUGGCUCCUAG